AUGGCUGAAGGAAUUAGCUCUCACCAAUUUGUAAGUUCAUUUCAUUCUUCUAGAGUUUCAAAACCCAGGUCUUAUUUUCUCUGCAAAAGCUUUCUAUUUGGAAGUUGUACUAUGAGAACUUCACCACUAAUCAAUGAAAACCCGAAUGUAUUUCCUCAAAGAAGGAUCUCAUGUAGUUUAAAUCAGCAAUCUUUUACAGAAUCUUACCUCAUAAACUCAAUUGGGUUCUCUCCACAAACUGCUUUAUCAGCUUCCAAGCACGUUAAUUUCAAGACUCCCGAGAAAGCAGACAAACUCAUAAACUUGUUGAGAAAGUAUGGUUUCACUCAAAUCCAAAUCUCAAAGCUCGUUAAGGGAAAUCCUAGAUUACUCUUACUUGAUGCUGACAAAACCAUUUUGCCCAAAUUGGAGUUUUUUGAAGCCAAAGGCAUUUCAGGCCCGGAAAUGGCGAAAAUGCUAUCUGCAUUUCCGCGUAUUCUUAGUGCUAGCUUGGCUAAGCAGAUUAUUCCGUCAUAUGGUUUUUUUAGGAGUUUGUUUCAAUCUGAUGAGAAGCUAAUUGCUGCUGUCAAACGAUGCCCUGAUUUCCUUACACACAAUAUCGAGAAAUAUGUUUCACUUAACAUUGAUAUUUUGCGAGAACACGGAGUGCCUGACUCCAAUAUACCAACGCUGCUUCUUUACCGUCCUAGAUCUUUGAUGGUGAGUCCGGACGGAUUCCGAAAAAUUGUGGAGGAAGUGGUGCAAAUGAGGUUUGAUGCUUCGAAGGUUAACUUUGUUAUAGCGGUGAAUGCAUUUUUGUCAAUGAGCAAAUCAAAGUGGGAAAGGAAGGUUGAUGCAUAUAAGAAGUGGGGUUGGUCUGAAGAAGAGGUUUUGAAAGCCUUUGAAAGGAAUCCUCGGUGCAUGAUGAUAUCUGAAGAUAAGAUUACGGCGGGUAUGGACUUCUUUAUCAAUGAGUUCCGUUGGAGGCCUGGCCUUAUUGCUAAACGGCCUAUACUUCUCUUACUGAGCUUGAAGAAGAGAUUAAUCCCGAGGUCUUCGGUUUUUCAAGUUUUGCUCUCGAAAGGUUUGGUGGAGAAGGAGGUUAACUUAGCUGCCCUAUUUGAAACCUCAGAAAACAAGUUCCUGAAGAAGUUUGUCACGCCUUAUAAGGAGGAAGCUCCGGAGCUCUUGAAGUUGUACAAGGAAAAAUUGAAUCUUUCUGAUGAACUAGUUGUUGAUAAGGUAUGA